AUGAGUAACCGGCAUAAAAAUGGAUGUACCCAUUGCAAUCAAAUAAAAAGAAAGUUUCAAUCGAAUUAUACAACUGUGCAAAUAGACAGUGGCGAAUUAAUUUUUUAUAAAGAAUUAGAGCAACAUAUUAACUCUUUAAGUGAAAAAUUUCGAAUAAAAAGCGUUAUAAGACAAAUUGCUUAUAAUGAUAUUGUUAAAUGUUUAUUAUUACCCAAAGGGGUACCGUUAGAAUUGUUUGGUGCGAAGUUCAUUUUUUGGGUAAAGCAACAUUUCAUUUUGAUUAAAAUUGCUAAUGUUGAAAUUGGUUGUUGUAUUAAAUCUAAAAAACCUAUUUGUGUUUAUGAAGCUUAUUAUAAUGUAAUAGGCGAGGCCCAUGUUACUAUUUCUCAUGGAGGUCGUGAUAAAACCAUCUAUGAGCUUAAUACACAUUAUAGAUGCAUUCCACGAUUUGCUGUUGAAAUGUUUUUAAAACAAUGUGUACCGUGUCAAAUACGGAAGCCACUUAAACAACAUGUAAUUGGCAAACCUAUAAUCUCACUUGGAGUAAUGACAAGAUUACAAAUUGAUCUAAUCGAUAUGAGAACAAGACCUGAUAUAUUAAAACCAGACAUUAUUUAUAACUGGAUCUUGAAUUGUAUCGAUCAUUUUAGUAAAUUUAGUUGGUCAUAUCCUUUGAAAAACAAAAGUGCUGCUGAAGUGGCAUUAAAAUUACGGGAAUUAUUUUUUGUUUUCGGACCACAAAGACUUUUACAUAGUGAUAAUGGACGAGAAUUCGUCGCAAAAGGUUGGCCAAGACACCCACAAAGUCAAGGGUGCGUCGAACGAGCAAAUGGGGUUUUGUGCAGUGCUCUUGGAAAAUGGAUGACCACAUAUAAUUCUUCACCUUGGUCAGAUGAUUUAUUGCCCGUAAUUUAUGAAAAUGGAAUUGUCGAUGAAGAAAAUUUACCAACACCAAUUUGUGAUUCAAAUGAUGAUAUUAUCGACGAUGAAAAUGAUUGUGCUGAUGUUAUUGAUGAAGAUAUUAUUCAACUUGUUCAACAAUUAUCUGAUGAAGUCGUUGCAAGUUCAUUAGUUGAUCUUUCACUAUCUCAUUCACCAACAGUUACACCACAGAAAACAAGACAUGAUCUUGUACGAAAAAUCGCCACCGAUAAUUAUUUAAAUGCUGCAAAUAAAAAAAUGAAGCAUUAUCAAGCUAGUAUAAUUAGUGAAGCAAAAAAAUUUAAUUUAAAUGAUUGUGUUGGUCUUCAAAUUCAUACGGUUGAUAGAACAAAUACUGAUGCUAAACUUUUACCAUGUUUAAUUAUCGAAAAACUUGAAAAAGAUGGAAAAAUUACAUUUAUAUUGGCUUGUGAAUAUGGUAAAUUAAAAAUUCCAUACUCUAUUGAACAUGUUGUUGAUUUAAAGAUGGCUUGCCCAGAAGCAUUAAAACACAUUGUUAUUAAUGAUUUAAAUGAUAUUACAUUUAUUGAAGCAUGCAAACUUUACGUCCGCACAUCAACAACCGGUCGUGCUUGCGAUUGUAAAGGCAAGUGCGCUACAAAACAAUGUUCGUGUAAAAAAAUGGGUGUUUUUUGUUCUACAAAAUGUCACUCAAAACGAGGUGGUUGUGCAAAUAUGGGUGAAUAG